AUGCCCCGCAAGAUACGACAGUUGAACGUGAAGGAGGAGUUGGAGAUGGAGUGGUUGCGAGAGGUAGCGGAUAAGAUCAAUAGGAAGGAACGGUCGGCUAUAGGGAGACAGGAGAGGAUAAAAGUCGAGAGGGAUGUCGUCAAUGGAGUAGCUCAGGAGAGCUGGUAUUGCAAGCAGCGUAAGGCUCAGCAACGAGUGAAUGCCCUUGAGGGAGAGUUCCGUAAGGGCGCGGGUGAAGGGCUACAUCGCCGAGAGCAGAUCGCAGAUCAGCUGCUCCAGGCUAAGGCUGCUAGAUGGGCAACUCUGCCUGGCAGGGAUACCCUCAAGCAUGCCAAGGCCCUUAGCUCAAGACAAGAGCAGGAGAGGACGGCGGAACGAGAGUCCGUAGAUCAUUUUAAGCGGCAAUUGGUAGCUGAGGACUCAGCCCUCCGACGGCAAGAGAGGCUUUCGAAGGAGAGGCAGCUGUUGCAGACCUUCCAGGGCAUCGAUUGGGGGCACCGACGACAGCGAUUCGUCAACACUCGCGACCUCGUGGAAGAGGACUUCAAGGGCCGAGCUGCUAGGGCCCUCAUAGCCAAGGAGGGCCGUUAUCAAGUGAGGCACGGGAGGAAACAACUCCGCUUGGAGUGGCUUCAAUAUUGUCAGAAGCUCCUAAACCAUCGGCGAGCUAUGAAUGACAUGCUUGCUGCAGAAGCAGACUACCUAUCACGACAGAUCAAUCGUCUGGUUGGGAAGAGGCAUACCAAAGGGCCACGUUGA